AAUGGUCUCACUUUAUAUCAAGUUUGUCAAAUGAAAAUGUCAAGUAAGUUGUUUCCAAUAGAUUCCUGGUAAUUUGCUCAACAUUACGUUAGCUCUUAUAAGUAGACGAAGAAAAUGUUGGAAUGUUUUUAGACUCACCGGAAAGGUGAACAGAGGUUUAGAUAUGGUGGACAUAAAAAGAGGCAUGGAAAAGCACCUAGAUUUAUUUUUUCAAAGUGUAAGUUUACAUACACCUUUUUAAAGAAGCACACCAGUAUAUUCAUAAAAACCCUGUGUAGUAUGCCUAUGGCGCUCGAGAGGCUAGCUCAGGCGUUUUUAAAUUUACCCUGGCGAUUGCAGACAAAAGAAAAAAGGACCCUGUUUAUCCAGACUACAGAUUCGGAUGCAUGAUCUAUUACAUGGAAUCCAAUGUUUUGGUUUCAGCAGAAUAUAUAUUGACCAAGCCAAACGAUGUACAAUUUAGAGAAGCGGUUUUGAAUACAUUUUCUGCGAGCGGAAUGCAUAUAGAACCAAUCCAAGAUAUACUGGUCAAUACCUUGGGUCAUUUUGCACAAAACGAAACGUCAGAAGCUGUGUUUGCAGGAUUUUCAAAAAAUGGUUUAGACGCCAAUCCGCUAGAUAUCAGGCAAAAGAGACAUUUGGCCUUUGAAGAGUCGCGUUUAACAAGUGAGGAAAAGAAGCGUAUUGUGCCUAUGGAUUUAGAUAAGUUAGAACAGAGGUUUGAUAGUAUGGGAGGAGACUUCUCGUGGAAGUCUCUAACGGGUCAUAGAAGAAUACAUGUAGAUUUGGAUUUACCCUUUAACAACAAUGGUGACACAGAUCCUUUGACAGGAUUUGAAGAUAGCGAUAUUAAAAUAAGCAUGGCCAUGUUUGGAGGAAAUAUAGGAGAAGGAGUAAAGGAACUUAUUCAACAGGGGAAAAUAAAAGAGAACCCACCUAUAUGGUUGAAAGGUUUGUCAGUCAGUAAUGCUAAAAGAUUGGUGGUCAAUUCUGAUGGCGUCUCCAAGGAGGUCAAAGAAGCAGUAAAACAUAAAUUUGUCUGAGUUUAAACAAUAAGACACAUCCCCCAGGGCUUAAACUUUUGUCUUUCUUUUUUUUUCACAUUCACUCGAAUAAAAAAUAGUGCUUUCUUACACAAUAUGUUUAUGAGACAAAUUACCGAAAUUAAGGUUGCUUUGGCUCCUUUCAACACUGCCUCCAAGUCCUCUAGAUUGUUUUUAAAUCACGUAAACACCA